AUGUGCGAGGCUUCCGAGGUUCUCAGUUCUGACUGGUUUGUGUUUGUUUUCUGUCAGUUGUGGGAUCUGUUAAUGCCGUCAGUGAAGCUGGAAUCGAGGAUCACUAAGCAGUGGGGAAACAUUGGUUUCCAGGGCGACGAUCCCAAGACUGAUUUCAGAGGGAUGGGGAUGCUGGGCCUCGCAAACCUCCUUUUUUUCAGUGAGAAUUACACAGACGCAGCCCGGCAGGUUCUGUCACACGCGAAUCACCCCAGACUAGGGUACUCGUAUGCCAUAGUGGGCAUCAAUCUGACAGAGAUGGCAUACAGCUUAAUGAAGAAUGAUGCUCUGAAGCCUCAUUUCUAUAACACAGUACCUGGAAAACCCCAAAUGCAGCACUUCCAUCAGUUCUACUGUUACCUGGCGUUUGAGUUUGAUAAGUUCUGGUUGGAAGAGGAGCCGGAGAGCAUCAUGGAGUUCAAUCGCUACAGGGAGAAGUUCCACGACAAGGUCAAAGGUCAACUUCAGAUGCCUGAGGUCACGCUUCUCAUGACCGUGGACCAAGAAAAGUGAUUCCAGCAUAAUUUCACAGACAAAAGGAAACCGCAACAGUUAAUUUUCUCUUCUUUUUCCAUUAACUUCAUGAUAGUUUUUAAGUUAGGAAAUGUACAACGUGCAUGAAGCUUUAUUUGAAUAUUAAUAAUUAAACAGCUGUAUAAACUGUACAUCAAGGGUGCAUAGCUGGUUGUUUAGCUACAUUGACCUGGUCAGGGAAAAGACUUACACUAAGUAUUAUUAAUAAUACUUUCAAAGUGAUAUUUUAAACUCUCCAAUGAACAGAUUGGAGUCCCUUCACACUUGAACGUUUUGGUCGUGGUCACGUGACUCCUCCUCCUUCAUCUUUACCCAUCUCAGGAAGAUGAUGUUCAUAAGAUGUUAGGAAGUUGUUGUUUCUUCUGUAUGCAGA